CAAGACAAUGGCCCAAAGGGCGUUUCGUUUCCUAGGUAACGGCCGGAGCGUGCCUUGUUACUGCACCUUCCCCUGUAGAAGGCAGCAGGGGGGCAGCCCUCCACCCAUCACACCGAUUUUUGGUGCAAACUAGCGAACACCACAUGCAUUAUUCGUGCAAAUAAAAUUUUUGCAAAGUUAUACCUCUAGAAACCUUUUACUGAAAUAUUGCAUAUAAAUUUACUUCGCAGGAGCAAGCAAGAUACCAAAACAGUGCUACGCCACGCCACGCCAAGGACAGCAGCAUCUCCUCCAAGUGCCACUACCCCACCUCAUUCCCUGCCAGAGCCUACACCACCAUGCCUGGCCAGUUCAGAACCCCCAGUGACCCUCCUGUGUCCGGCCUCCUCUCUUUCCCCUCCUCCUGGAGCUCUGGCCCCCUGCAGCCCCUACGUUUCCGAGCCCGAACUGAAUCCAUGGACUGGCGGCGCCUCUCUGCCCUGGAUGUGGAUCACGUGGCCAGGGAGAUGGACGUGGUCGUACUGCAGGAGUACAUAUCUGCUGUCACCUUCUGUGAUGUCACAGGUGAGAGGUGUCCCUACUGCCGUAGCCCUGCUGACCCGGCCCUUGUCAACCUACUACGUAUGUCCCAGCUCAGCACAGAGUACCUGCUGCACUGUCAGGACUACCUGAGCUCCCAGGUGUCUGGCCUAGAGGACCGUCUACAGGGGGUCCUCUCUAAGGCAGAUCGAGAGGGAGAGGAGAGGGCCAGGCUGGACUCUGAGCUACAGGCCACUAAACAGGAGAGCAAACUCAGGAAGAAGAUGCUAGCCACACAGCAGCUUCUACUACAGGCUAGCUUCAACAACUACCACAAGUGCCAAUGCUGUGAGAAGUCCUUCAUCAACUAUUCCUACUUACAAGCCCACCUACACCGCAGGCACCCGGAGCUGACAGACACAGAGCGGCAGAAGAAGAGGCAGGUGGAACAGAUGGAGGAUGGGAUAGAGGAGCUGAGAGAGAGACUAAAACUGUCCCAGACUAGACUGGACAUAGAGAGGGAAGCAGAGGCCCUUAGGAAACAGCAGGAGCUGGAAGAUCAGCGAAGGAAAGAGACCUCGGAGAGAGAGAAGAUGGAGAGCUGGAAAGAGGAGGAGAGGAAGAAGUUUCAUGAGGAAAUGAGGGACCUGAAGCAGCUGUUCCUGCAGGAGUUCAGAGAUAUGGCCAGCAGGAGCUCCUCCAUCGAGGCUAAACUGCAGGAGCUCCAGACCAGAGAAGAAGUGACUGUUUCUAACCUGGGCUCCUAUCAAGAGGAGGAGGAGCUGCAGCAGAGAGAAGAGGCAAAGAAGAGGAUGAUGAUGAUGAAGAAGAAGAUGUCUGAGCAGAAGCGUGAGUGGAACAAACGGUUUAAAGAGAUCCAGAACAGGCACGUGUUGGAGAGAGACGAGCUUCAGAGUGAGAAUGAUAGGCUGCAGCUGGCCCUGUCUGUAGAACACAGGUCAGACCGACACAGGCUAGAACAACAGGUCACUACCCUGUCUGCCAGGGUCCAACAGAAAGACCGGCUCAUCAGGUCUCAGGAGGAUAAGAUCAGCAAGAUGUCUAGAAGACCAGUGACAGAUACUCCCAUCAAACAAACGUUCCAACACUCCACGGAGGAGGAGGAGGAAGAAGAGGAAGAAGAGGAGGAGGAGGAGGAGGAAGAAGAGGAAGAAAAUCUGGAGGAUUCUGGUGAGACCAGGAGUAGACUGUUGGAGUCCCUCUGGUGGAACCCCGCCUUGGUGAAGGAGUUCAGACCCAUACUAGAGGAGACCCUGGAGGAGAGGCUGGAGAAGAUGGGUCUCAGAAAGGGAACCAAGGGUAUAUCCAAGAAGACCUUUAAGAGCCUGAGCACGUUGGUAUCUGGUCAGCGACAUCAGAUGUCCAGACAGAAAGCAGACCUCCUGGAGCUCAGGGAGAGCCUGGCCAGAGAGCUGACACGCAGAGUGCACGCCCUGCAGAGGAGUCAGGGGAUCACCGUACCUAAUUUACCCAGACAGGUUACCAUACCCAGUACCACCCCUCAGUCCCACAAGAAGAGGAGUCCUAGCCGGGAGAAGAGUCCAAAAAGCAGACAGACACCAGUGAAGGUGAAGGUCUCUUUGAGGAAAAAGAAGGCUCCACAACCUCAACAGACACCAAGCACUCAUAGAAAAAAGAACAGCACCCCUCCCUUCAGUUCUGAGGAUGAGGCGUCAGGAGAAGACAUUCCUUCUGUCACCAGCCCUGGCAGUAGGUCUGGUGUUUCUUUCACCAGCCCUGGCAGUAGGUCUGGUGUUUCUGUCACCAGCCCUGGCAGUAGGUCUGGUGUUUCUGUCACCAGCCCUGGCAGUAGGUAUGGUGUUUCUGUCACCAGCCCUGGCAGUAGGUAUGGUCCCUCUGUGAGGGUGGUGCGGUCUGGAUCCAGCUCAAGGCAGAAGUACCCCAUGUCUGGUUCUACCCAGGGAGAGGACUGGUCUGGGACAGACACAGAGCUCUCAGAAGGGCCUACAAGUCUAACAGCCCACCGUGGAGCACAAAAUCAGACUGUUAAAACCCUGACCAGAAGCUUGGAGAGACAGUUGAGUUCUCCAAUGAACAAGCCAGUAGGAGGGACCAGAGUGGUGAUGCCACCAGUAGCAGCCAAGGUCUUACCCAAACCCAAACCCAGGACAGCGUUAAAACCCCUACCGUUAUCGGACGAAGAAAGCGACCUAGAACUGUCUUCCAUCGAGGAGCUCCUGUCCCUGCCGGUAGGGGGCCAGUCUCAGUCCCUAGGGGGGCGAGGGAGCACCGAGGUGGGCCUGGGAGGAACCUCAGGAACCAGCAUGUGGAGCUCCUCAACCAGCAGAGCAGGAGGGCUUUAAUGCACUUUUCCUGUUUUUUUAAAUUUGUAUUUAGUGCUAUGUAUCCUUUAUUUAUCCAGAUGAGUGCCUUUUUUGUGAUGGAAAUCUAUUUUUCAAUGGGCGUAUGUGAUAUAUGACUGUUUGACUGAAUGACUCUUUUCCAAGUCUUAAAACAAUGGGCGUAUGUGAUAUAUGACUGUUUGACUGAAUGACUCUUUUCCAAGUCUUAAAACAAUUAGCAGAAGAUGCAUUCCAACAUGAUGAGGAGCUGGCGUGUUAUACCAGUUAUAAAACAAUAACAGAAUAAAAUAACAUUUAGGUUUUAUUCCAUUUUCCAGAAUCAAGCUAUGCUCAGCAAAAAUAUAAACACCACAUGUAAAGUGUUGGUCCAAUGUGUCAUGAGCUGAAAUAAAAGAUUACAGAAAUGUUCCAUAUGCGCAAUAAAAAGCAUAUUUCUCAAGAAAAAGUGUAUUUCUAAUCUAUAGAUUUAGGGCCUAAUGAUUUGUUUUCUCAAUUUACUGAUUUCCUUAUAUGAACUGUAACUCAGUAACAGUUGGAAAAAGGUGCAUGUUGCGUUAAUAUUUUUGUUCCGUGUAUAUAUAGGGACUUUCUUGGUAGGACUCGAACUAUGUUGGUGCUUUGAAUGUGGUAAUGACUUGUUUUUGUUUUUUUUAUAAUCAGGAGAUAUAGUGCCUUCAGAAAGUUAUGGCAAAGCCUAAAUAAGUUCAG